UCUCCGCGCUGCGUGGGCGAGGACCGUCUACCCUGCCCGUGGCCCGCCAUCUCUUCCCGACGGAAGGAACAUCAUGCUUUCUAUUAAGUUGCAGAGUUCUGAUGGAGAGAUAUUUGAAGUUGAUGUGGAAAUUGCCAAACAGUCUGUAACUAUCAAAACCAUGUUGGAAGAUUUGGGAAUGGAUGAUGAAGGAGACGAUGACCCAGUUCCUCUCCCAAAUGUUAAUGCAGCAAUAUUAAAAAAGGUUAUUCAGUGGUGCACCCACCACAAGGAUGACCCCCCUCCUCCUGAGGAUGAUGAGAACAAAGAAAAGCGAACAGAUGAUAUCCCUGUUUGGGACCAAGAAUUCUUGAAAGUGGACCAAGGAACACUUUUUGAACUGAUUCUGGCUGCAAACUACUUAGACAUCAAAGGUUUGCUUGAUGUUACAUGCAAGACUGUUGCCAAUAUGAUCAAGGGGAAAACACCUGAGGAGAUUCGUAAGACCUUCAAUAUCAAAAAUGACUUUACUGAAGAAGAGGAAGCCCAGGUACGCAAAGAGAACCAGUGGUGUGAAGAGAAGUGAAAUGCUCUGCCUGACACUGUAACACUGUAAGGAUUGUUCAAAAUACUAGUUGCACUGCUCUGUUUAUAAUUGUUAAUAUUAGACAAACUGUAGACAAACACAGCAGCAAAUCAGUUGUAUUAGCAGACUAUUGUCCUCAUUGCAUGUGUAGUUUGCUUAGAUUCCAUAUCUAUAUUUGAGUUCUUUCUCAUGAUCAAAGAUUUGCCGCCCCCCUUUAUUUUUUUGCUCUGAAUAAAACUGGUGGUUUCUCUAUAGAAAGUGGCAUUUUCGGCUUUCCCCCUUUUUGUAAAACAAUUUCUGCCUACUUACUGUCUUAAA